UUUGUGCUUUAGUUGGCUGAUGGUUUCGUGUGGAAGCUAGUAGCUGUAUUGAGAACUGUGAAUUUUUUUUUUCGUUCCUUUGUUGCGUGUUUUGCGCCAGAAUUUCGAGGAAGUUACGUUGUCUAACAAAAGGCUUGGAACCUUCUUGCUAUAAGAACUUAUAACUUUCAGUGCGUUGUUACAGUUAAAUGCAACAGUAACAAGGAGAUUUCUUGUAAUCAGGCCAUAAUGAAAGUGUACGUGAUACUGUUAUGUAUUGUUGCGGGAGCGCAAGCAGUUGCGUUCUUCGAUCUCUUUCUCGAAGAGUGGAAUACUUUCAAGCUGAAACAUGGAAAAAAGUACUUGAGUCCUAUUGAAGAAAAAUUCAGAAUGAAAAUUUUUAUGGAAAACAAAAAAAGAAUUGCCCAACACAAUGCUGCGUUCGAACGAGGGGAAGUAUCGUACCAGCUCGAGUUAAACAAGUUCGGUGAUCUGUUGGCUCAUGAAUUCGGUGCAACAUACAAUGGCUUUAAUAAAACUCAUAACGCAAAAUUAAGGGAAUCUCUUGGUAUAAGAGGAUCUACUUUCAUUCCACCUGCAAAUGUAAAUGUACCGCCCUAUAUGGACUGGAGGAAACAUGGUGCAGUUACAGACGUUAAAAAUCAAGGAUCAUGUGGUUCGUGCUGGGCGUUCAGUUCGACAGGUGCACUGGAAGGACAACAUUUCAGGAAAGCAGGCUAUCUGACUUCCCUGAGUGAACAAAACCUGAUAGAUUGUUCUCACAAAUAUGGAAAUCAAGGCUGCAAUGGUGGCUUGAUGGAUCAGGCAUUUACUUACGUUAGAGAUAACCGUGGAAUCGAUACGGAAAAAUCGUAUCCAUAUGAAGGCGAUGAUGACAAGUGUAGAUUCAAACGCAUUGAUGUAGGAGCUGAUGAUACUGGCUUUGUGGAUAUUCCACAAGGUAAUGAAGAGCAACUUAAAGUUGCUGUGGCUACAGUUGGUCCAACUGUAGCUAUUGAUGCUAGUCAUGAUUCAUUCCAAUUUUAUUCUAAAGGAGUUUACUAUGAGCCGCAGUGCAGUUCUGAGAACCUUGACCAUGGAGUGCUUGUUGUCGGUUAUGGGACAACUGAGGAUGAUGUUGAGUACUGGUUGGUGAAGAAUUCUUGGGGACCAGAGUGGGGUGAAAAUGGUUAUAUUAAAAUGGCAAGAAACCGUGAUAACAACUGUGGAAUUGCAAGUUCUGCAAGCUACCCUCUUGUUUGAGAAACUGACAGUGGUACAUGUGAUUUGACUUUAUUUAAUGUGACAUCUUGGAAGGACAAGUGGAACAAUGUGAAACAUUUGUUUUUGAACUACUGAACUUGUGUUAAAGUAUCAUUGGAUAGGUCUCGACUAAAGAGGGGUAAUUAUGCUGGAAUACUGCGUAAAACUUGACAAUUGUGCCUGUUUCUUGUCUAGUGAAAGUAAUGGUUUCAGAGCAACAUACCAUGUUUCUUACCUUUAGUGGUAAAUGAUUUAUUGUACAGUUUUCAUAUAAUAAAAUUAUUAUCUUUGA